AAGGAGACUGACGCCGUCAGUUCAACAUUUGCUAGCUUAGAUGUUUAAACAUUUGCUAUAAAAGUUAAUAAGAGGUUAAUAUUUUAGUAAUUUUGUAAAUAAAGUUAUUUUAAAGAGUUUUUAAUUAAAAAAUACUUGGAAGAUGUUGAAAAUUACCAAAACCUCCACACAAUUAAUUAAAAGCACUAUGGCUAGAAAUAUCUCGUGCACAGCUAGACUGGCACUAGAUCAAAAGUGGCGUGAAGAACAGGGCUUGCCCGAAAAUCCCAAUGAGUUUGGACCUUUAACCAAUUUACCCGAUUAUACUUUCUUGGAUGGUCGUCCCACACCCUUAGGCUCAAAUCAAAGGAAACGUUUAAUUAAACAGCAGGAAAUCGCUGCAAAAAUUGUCACCAUGAACAAGGAAUUAGAUAUGGCCAAACAACGUUAUAAACAAUUGCAGGAACAGCAAGCUGCCGAAAGACAAAAGGUUAUGCAAGCAAAAUUGAAACCCAAAGGCAAAUAUUUAUUGGAACAGAAGAAGUAAAGUCGCUAAUCUCUGUGAGAUAUUAGAAAAAUUCUGUUAGGUCAUUAAAUGUUACAAAAUUUAUUAAAAAAUUCAUAUAUAAAAAGUAA